GGAUAGCUCCCUUACUUCAAGCCAUCUCCCCGCAAUGUCGCUCAAGCUACCCAUCUUCUCUGUGCUCAUAGCGAUUGCAAUUGCUAUCCUCAUCAGGAAACCACCCAUCAUGUCGCAAAGUAUUCCCGCAGGACAGCUUUGGGCCGAUGGCCCAUGCCCGCUGAUACAUACCCCGCAAUAUGAGACGAAGAAGGACGACAUCUGGACGAAGGGCGCGACUCACAUGGCUCUGCUCCACAAUGCGAUCCUCCGCGGCUUCAACUCUGUAUACCUGCAAGCACCGCACGUGAAACCGGUAGACUACGCCGACUUCGUCGGUUACAGCGAGGCAUGGUUCAACUUUGUAAAAAGCCAUCACGACGACGAGGAAGCCGAGCUCUUCCCAAAGGUCGAGGCGGUUCUGAAAGAGAAGGGCAUUUGGGACGAGACCCACAAGGAGCACGAAUCCUUCCUAGAGGGCCUCGCGGCCUUCCACACCUACCUCUCCUCGCUUGAGUCGCCGGCCGCGUUCUCCGGCGCCGAGCUCGUCCGAAUCAUGGAUACCUUCCGUGAACCCUUCAAUAAUCACUUCCACUCCGAGAUCAGCACCAUUGCCGCAUUUGCCGACCUGCCCUCGGCUCCAGCACCAGACAGCGAAGCCACUGAAACGGCAGCUGCGACCUUCAAGGCAUGGGGGAAGAAAACGCUGACCAAGGCAGGCAUGACGGACGUGGUGCCGUUUGCUCUGUUGAACUUGGACACGACGUAUGAAGAAGGGAUGUGGGCGACCUGGCCGCCAAUGCCAGGCCCGAUUCGUUGGAUGCUUGUCAAUGUGUUUGGAAGCUGGAACUGGGGAUGGUGGAAGUUCAGCAGCUGCGAUGCCGCGGGAACCCCGAGGCCUUUGUACGCGCUGCAAAACACGGAGACACGGCAGGAGAGCGAGCUCUGAGAGGGGACCAAGUGGACUCGCUCAAUCAUUCGGUAACAAGGAGAUUGGUAGAGCGGAGUAGCAAAGCGCUCAGGAGGCGUGCGGCUGUUCGGGCUUGGAUGGAGUUGGUUCGGAUUUCUCUAGGACUGAUAUUGAUUCUGUUAUCGAGACAGCGAGUGUGCUUGUGUUGACGUGCAGUUCAUUGUCGCAAGGACACGAUGCAAAAAGUACCGCGGCUCGUCGGGUGGCUCGGCCGAGGCAUGCGAGAAGACGUACUACGUAUGCACGCAGGUAAAUAUCUCACAGGACUACGUGGUGGAGGUGAUCUACCAGAUCCAUGAAGCAGGUCAUGG